UUUUUUUUUUUUUUUUUUUUGGAAAAGUUUUGGUGAAAUUAAAGAUACGCAUUGAAUAUUAGCCCUAAAAUGUCUAGGAGAGGCUUACAUUUUAGCAAGCUGUAUUCAUUUUCUUGUUGUAAAUCUUCAUUUAGAGAAGACCAUGCUCAAAUUGGUCAGAGGGGAUACUCUAGGGUGGUAUACUGCAAUGACCCUGAUAAACCAGACGCAAUUCAGCUCAAUUAUAGGGGAAAUUAUGUAUCGACUACAAAGUAUACUGCUGCUAACUUCAUACCUAAGUCUUUGUUUGAGCAGUUUAGGAGGGUUGCAAAUGUAUAUUUUCUUGUUGUAGCUUGUGUUUCAUUUAGUCCGUUGGCCCCCUACACAGCGCUCAGCGUUUUUGCACCUUUGGUAGUAGUUAUUGGAGCUACUAUGGUUAAAGAAGGUGUCGAAGAUUGGAGGCGAAGAAAGCAGGAUAUAGAGGCAAACAAUAGAAAGGUCAAAGUUUUUGGUAAAAGUUAUACUUUUUAUGAGACCAAAUGGAAGAAUCUCCGAGUUGGGGACCUUGUUCAGGUGUCCAAGGAUGAAUAUUUUCCUGCUGAUCUGCUUCUGCUUUCAUCGAACUAUGAAGAUGGAAUUUGUUAUGUUGAGACCAUGAAUCUUGAUGGGGAGACUAACUUAAAAUUGAAGCAUGCCUUGGAGGCGACAUCCUCCCUACACGAUGAAGAAUCCUUAAAGAAUUUUACGGCUGUGGUCAAGUGUGAGGACCCAAAUGAAAAUCUGUAUACUUUUGUUGGAACAUUGAAUUAUAAUGGAAAUCAGUAUCCACUUUCGCCACAACAAAUUCUUUUGAGAGAUUCAAAGCUCAAGAAUACUGAAUAUAUCUAUGGUGUAGUUAUUUUCACUGGGCAUGACACAAAAGUGAUGCAAAAUGCUGUGGAUCCUCCUUCUAAGAGGAGUAAGAUUGAGAGGAAAAUGGACAAGAUAGUGUAUGUCCUUUUCAGCACUUUGAUUUUGAUAUCAUUUAUUGGAUCUAUAUAUUUUGGAAUUGAAACUAAAAGAGAUAUCAGUGGUGGAAAGUAUAGAAGGUGGUAUCUCCGACCAGAUGCCACAACGGUGUUUUAUGACCCUCGAAGAGCAUCCCUUGCUGCUUUUUUUCAUUUCCUGACAGGACUUAUGUUGUAUGGAUAUUUGAUACCAAUAUCCUUGUAUGUGUCAAUUGAAAUUGUAAAGGUCCUUCAGAGCAUUUUCAUUAACCAAGAUCAGGAAAUGUACUAUGAGGAGACUGAUAGGCCAGCACAUGCACGUACAUCUAAUUUGAAUGAGGAACUUGGGCAGGUCGAUACUAUACUAUCUGACAAAACAGGUACUUUGACAUGCAACUCAAUGGAGUUUGUCAAAUGUUCAAUAGCAGGAAUUGCUUAUGGCCGUGGUAUGACAGAAGUGGAAAGAGCUUUGGCAAAGAGAAGAAGUGAUGGACCAUUGGAAAUGGAUGAUAUUUUAUGUGAUACACCUGAUGAUAAUGUGGAUACAGGUUACUCAGGAAAGUCGAUCAAGGGAUUCAACUUCAGAGAUGAACGCAUAUUGAAUGGCCACUGGGUUAAUGAACCUCAAUCAGAUGUCAUACAGAAGUUCUUUCAGGUGCUAGCCAUUUGUAAUACAGCUGUUCCUGAAAAAGACAAAGAAUCAGGUGAAAUUUUCUAUGAAGCUGAGUCGCCUGAUGAAGCAGCCUUUGUUAUAGCUGCAAGGGAGGUUGGUUUUGAGUUGUUUGAUAGGACACAAACAAGCAUCUCGUUGCGUGAGUUAGACCCCGUGACUGGUAAAAAAGUUCAAAGAAAUUACAAGCUUCUUCAAGUCCUAGAGUUCAGUAGUUCUCGUAAGAGAAUGUCUGUGAUUGUAAGAAGUGAAGAAGAUGAACUUUUGCUCCUUUCCAAGGGUGCAGACAGUGUGAUGUUUGAAAGGCUCUCAAAAGAUGGGCAGCUGUAUGAGACUAAGACCAAAGAGCAUAUCAAAAAAUAUGCAGAGGCAGGUUUGCGGACAUUGGUAAUUGCAUGCCGUGAGCUUGGUGAAAAUGAGUAUGGAAUCUGGGAAAAAGAAUUUUCAAAAGCCAAAGCGGAAGUAACUGGAGACCGAGAUGUAUUAGUGGAUUCCAUUGCUGAAAAGAUUGAGAAGGAUUUAAUUCUUCUUGGUGCUACAGCUGUCGAGGACAAACUGCAAAAAGGGGUUCCAGAGUGUAUUGAUAAGCUUGCACAUGCUGGAAUUAAAAUAUGGGUCUUAACUGGCGACAAGAUGGAAACGGCAGUAAAUAUAGGAUAUGCAUGUAGUCUACUAAGACAAGAAAUGAAACAGAUAAUCAUCACACUUGACUCUCCAGACAUAAAAGCCUUGGAAAAACAAGGAGAUAAAGAGGCUAUUGCUAAGGCUUCUCUUGCAAGUGUGAUGGAACAAAUAAGAAAUGGAAACUCUCAACUUAAAGAAGGAUCAUUUGAAUUUGGUUUAGUGAUUGAUGGGAAGUCUCUAGCUUUUGCACUGGACAAGAGGCUAGAGAAGAAAUUUUUGGAGCUUGCACUUGGCUGUGCUUCUGUUAUAUGUUGUCGGUCUACUCCGAAACAUAAAGCUCUUGUCACAAGACUGGUGAAAACAGAAACAGGUAAAACAACACUGGCAAUUGGUGACGGAGCAAAUGAUGUUGGCAUGCUUCAGGAGGCUGAUAUUGGAGUUGGGAUCAGUGGUGUUGAAGGAAUGCAGGCAGUUAUGGCAAGUGAUUUCUCGAUAGCUCAAUUUCAUUUUCUGGAACGUUUGUUACUGGUACAUGGGCACUGGUGUUACAGGCGAAUAGCAAUGAUGAUAUGCUAUUUCUUCUACAAGAAUAUCGCAUUUGGAUUUACUCUAUUUUGGUUUGAGGCGUACACUUCUUUCUCCGGCCAGCCUGCUUAUAAUGAUUGGUAUAUGUCAUUCUAUAAUGUCUUCUUCACUUCUCUUCCUGUUAUUGCUCUCGGUGUUUUUGAUCAGGAUGUCUCAGCAAGGCUUUGCCUUAAGCAUCCUUUGUUAUAUCAAGAGGGAGUACAAAACAUCCUCUUCACCUGGCCUCGCAUUCUUGGCUGGAUGUGUAAUGGAGUACUUAGUUCCAUAAUUAUCUUCUUCUUCGCCAUCAACUCCAUGAUUAAUCAAGCUUUUAGAAAAGAUGGUCAAGUGGUUGACAUUGAGAUUCUUGGGGCUACAAUGUAUACAUGUGUAGUAUGGUCAGUGAAUUGCCAGAUGGCAUUAUCAAUCAAUUACUUCACUUGGAUUCAACACUUCUUCAUUUGGGGAAGCGUAGCCUUCUGGUAUAUAUUUUUGGUGAUAUAUGGUUCAAUUUCACCUAUUGUUUCUACAACAGCAUACAAAGUUCUUGUAGAAGCUUGUUCUCCAAGCCCUUUCUAUUGGCUUAUAACUCUUCUUGUGGUCCUUACCACCCUACUACCUUACUUUUCCUACCGGGCUUUCCAGUCUCGUUUCCGACCAAUGUACCAUGACAUCAUACAAAUUCAGAGAUCAGAAGGCUCGGAAACAGAAACUCAAAUUUCCAGUGACUUGCCGAAGAUGGUCAGGAUGAGAAUGCAUCAUCUAGAGGCAAAUUUAAGGCAGAGGAACCAGUAGAAAGCAUAGAUAUUCAUGUUCAUUACUAGUUUUCUUUUCUUUUUCUUCUUUUUUUUAUUUUUAUUUUUGUUUUUUAUGUAUAUUGCAAAAGAAAUUUAUAGAUCUGGAGUUUGCGAGAGGACAGGACUUCUUCAUCAGCAAAUGUAAAUUUCAGCGUCAAAAAAUGUAUGGCUUUACUAUGGCUUGUUUGACAUCCUGGGUUUGUAGGCAGAAUUUGAGCAGUUCACUUUAUCUAAAUUGCUAUAUAACUGAUUAUAUUUGCUUAUUUUGA